AAGUUUUUUUUUUUUUCCUUUAUAUGUAUAACGGCUGAAAUUGGUGAAGAGGGGGAGCGAGAGAGGCUGGGGGAGAGGGCCAAAGGAGGGAACCUGUUCAGGGAAGCACAACACAGGAAGAUGCUACGGUCGUUGUGCCGGCUUACGGCACACAGCAGGGUGGUCACUUGUGCCCUCAGACCUGCUGUUCAGGCCACUCCAUUGGAGACAUUUAGUGCACUUCUAAGAGCCAGUGCCACUGUGUCCAGCCAGAAUUUGGCGUGUCAGUACAGCACUGGUGUGAGGCAGACAACUCACCUGUCACUGAAGGGCGUUUCUGGAUUCCAGCCAGCUAACACUAAAUAUGGAGUGAUGCCAAUCCUGACCAACUUGGCACCUCUUGCCCUGCCCUCUGCGGGUGCCACCCCCAGCCGCUCUGUGGUCAAGUGGUCAUGGAAGAAGGGCAAGAGGAAGACUGUUAAGCCUGUUUUGAAGCGAUUCAAGAGACUCCAUUGGGGAACACAAGGCAUUUGGAUCAGGGCUCGAGCAGGUGCCAGAAAGAGAAUGUGGAAGAAAUCUCCUGCCCAGAGACGUCGGUGCAAGACGCAUGUUUUCUGCAAUGCAACACAAUCCUAUAUGUUGGAUAAAAUGGUGACACGGUAUUGGAGGAGAAUGAGGUUCUAUCCUGACGACCCUUAUGCCCCCUACAUGAAUAGAGAAAACUUCAGGCUGACGAAUGGUUACCCAAAGGAGUUUUACUAAUCACCACAGUGUACUGAGAGAAGGUAGUGUGGGGGGGUAGGAAGCUGUUUCACUUACCUGCUCAUCACUAUUAGUUCCAGACCCAGAGUGGAAAGUUCUUAGCAACCUCCUUUGGUUAUCUUUUGAUGUACAUUGUGUAUAGUUGUAUAUUGCAAAUUAUGAUUCUAGUAUAAUUUUGAGUAUGUUGCUAAAUUCUUGGCUUAGCCUCAUCUGUCUUAACAUGUUUGUAUCCUUGAUAAAAGUCAGACGUUAUGUA